AACAUUUUCUUAAUUCCCUAACUAUAUUAUAUUCUUCUGAUUUCUGAUUUUCUCAGAAACGGUCAGGAUUAGACUCAAUUUAUUUUCCCUUUCGCAAGAGAAGCGAAAGAGAAAUCAAAUAGGUUCCAUGUCCACAUCUUGUUCUUAUUCUUUUGAGAACCAUUCACCCUCCUUUACUACAUUUAUGUCUAUACUAAUGAAUAAUAUUGAAGUAUCUCACUGUAAUUUUCGAAUUCUAUCUAUCCGUUGAAUGAUUCUUUUAAAUUGUGCCGCAAAAAAGUUAUGAGAAAGAAUAAUACAAUUCAUCUCCGUUCAUUUAAAUUUGCCGGUGUGUGUAGUAAUAAAAUUAAAAAUCUUCAUUAUCUACUCGAAUCUAACGAAUUAUUGGGACAAGUUCAUCUAUCCAAUAUUCGGAAAUAAAUAGGCGUUCCAGGAUUCAUGAUUCGCAGCUUCAAAAAGUUCAGAGAUAUGAUUUUUCUCUCAAUUUUAUCCCUAUCAAAUUUGAAUAAAAAGGGGCUGUAGAUUAGCCUGAAGGAUAUGCCCAUAAAACUGAAUAUCACCAACCGAAUGACUUCAUCUUAUGAGGGUACGCUUGCUCAGGUAUAAUUUGAAAUUUCGAAGCCCAGUCUAUAAUGAGUCAUAGUUGACAAUUUCCAUGAAACGAACCGAAGUUUAUUAUUAUUGUUCGGAAGAAAAAGAUGCAGAAAAGAAGAAGAACAUCUAGAAUUCUCACCACUUAACCGGGUUGAUGAAUAGUUGAGUAUUCUGCGAUUUGAGUUUCAUUAGUGCGAAAGACACUCUGCUUAGUACAAGUCUAAAGUUAUUGGUGCUUUCAAAAUGUUGUUCCUAAGUGUCGAACUCUUCUUUAUUCUGUUUUUGAUAGUUAUACUAUGUGUCAAUAAGAAGGUGUUACUCUUAUAUGCGAGGAAGAAACUGAAGCAGAACCAGGAUAGGAUUAACUCCGCUUUCAGAGCUUCAAUUUUUGCUGGAGAAGAACAUACAAUGUUGAAGUUAUUGGAAGAGGGGGCGGAUGUGAAAUGCACCGAUGUUAUUGGCUAUGCUUGUCUUCACCACGCAGUGCUAUGCGGACAUUACAAAUUAAUUAAACACCUAGUAAUGUAUGGCGCUGAUAUAGAGCAAGAAGGCAAUUUUUACGGUUACAAACCAAUUCAUUUGUGUGUUUAUCCGGCCAACAAAGACAAAUGCUUGGAAGAGUUACUGAAAUAUGGUGCUCAACUAGAUGCCGUUGACAGUUUGCAAAAUACCUUACUACAUUUAGUGGUGAAGUUUAGACCCCAAGAUAUGAAUUUUAUCGAAAAACUGCUCGAUUACGGUUUAGGUCCAAAUGCCACAAAUAUAAUAGGAAACAACUGCCUCCACAUCAUUGCUGCAUCUCGCACAUGCUCUAUCGAAAAGGUCCUGUUUCUGGCGAGGAAAUUCAUACACAGAGGUGUUGAUAUCGACCGUAAGAAUACAUCAAUCGGUGAGACACCCUUACAAAUAGCAUCCCGUACAGGAAAGACGGUUUUGGUCGAUCUUCUUCUUCGUGAGGGGGCGGCAAUAGACGUGAGGAGCAACAUUGGAUUGACUGCUUUCGAGCAAUUGUUCGUGGAAAAUCAUCCAAUGACGGCCAUCAUCACCACCUUCAUUAAACACAUCGCUCUGAGAAAACACCGUGGGGAAAAUGUUGAAGACAGUAUUUUUAGGAAAAUUGCCUCCGAUGUGAAACUACAAAUCAUAUAUCGCUAUUACGACGAAGAUUUGGAGUAUCUGAAAUCCAUAAAUAUAGUUGAAACACACUGGGUAACACUGCAUCAUAUAUUAUGCUGCGAGAAGAGUGAGGUUAUCAAUUACUUGAGAAACGCUAGUGUCAGGAAUAACAUUUUUUCACAAGAGGUUUCCACUUUUUAUUGGAAUGAAAUUCGACACAAAUUCUCGAAAAUCAUUGAAAUCGUCAAAUUUCAAGAGGAGGCCUGUAGAGUUCUGAAUAUAGUGUUCGAUAGUAGAAUUCCUUAUUUAUGUUUGAAGCAAAUAUGCAAAUAUUUGUCGGAAGAGGAUGUGAAAAAAUUGUCCACAUUAUUGUUGAGAGAAAAUACAAUUGAUUGAAAUUAUC